AACACACACAACCAAACACCCACAUACACACAUAUCAUCCAUGCGACCUCCCACACAGACGGGCCAGAGCAAGUGAAAGUUCCCGAAGUAGUUAGAGUCGACGAAGGGGAAAGUGUUGCUAGCAAGUGCAGCGCCCGAGGCAACCCUUCCCCCCACCUCACCUGGACCAGGGAAUCUCACUCUCACGCCCGAAACAGCACAGCUCAGACCCUCAGCGAAGGCGUGGGCGUCGUGGUGCUGGAGCUGCAGUCGGCAACGCGGGCGGCAACGGGCGUGUAUCUAUGUCAUGCAUCUAACAUCGUUGCUUCGGCGCCGCCCGCACGCACCAGGGUUAUUGUCUCGCAGGCGGCGACAGUAGAGAGGGACGCAGCAGGGUCACGUGGCUCGUGGGCAUCUGUGGGCGAGAAUGGGCGUCUCAUGUGCCGUGUGCGGGCGGCGCCGGCUCCCGCCUUCCACUGGAGUCUUCAGGAUGGUACCAAGAUUAAGAAUAGUGUCAAGUAUAUCAUUCAUAAGCCUGAGCUCGUGGACGGGCUGGUGCUGUGGGUGUCGGUGCUGGAGGUGAAGAAGGUGACGCAUGAGGACUACCUCGUGUACAGCUGCACCGCCAAGAAUCCGCUGGGCGCCGACUCCCUGCUCCUCGCUCUCCACCCGCCCGCGCGGCCGCACACGCCGACCAACUUCACCGUAACCAAUGUAACAGACACAAGCAUCUCCCUGUCUUGGACCCCCAAUCACGCAGGCGGUACCCCCCUCGGGUAUAUGCUACGCUAUAACCCGACCGACACUCGAGAGUACCAGUACGUGAAAGUGGGAGGCGGAGGGACGUCAGGCACAACGCUUACGGGGUUAACACCUGGGACGGAAUACACGGUCACUCUUCAGGCACGGAACGACCACGGGUCCUCUGCGUUCGUCACUCCUCCGCUCGUCAUUGUACCCCGCGCAGGGCCUGUGAGAGACGCAGACGCUGUAACGGGCAGCCAGAGCUCCAGCCUCACGCCCUUGCUCCUCCUCGUGCUCUCCCUCGCCGCCCUCGCUCUCCUGGCCAUCAACUUCAUCGUCGUCACCUGUUUCAUUCGCUGGCGCAGCAGGAAUUCCACGUCGAUCGCUUCCUCCUCCACCAAGAAGAUCUCCUUAGAUUCAGUCGGGGAGACGCCAGGCUCAAGCCCCGAGGCCAACCAUCGGCAAGUCCUUCUCUCGCUUACGACGUUGUCCUCCACUUCGCCUCCUGCUUAUAGGGUCGAGUGCCAGACGAGCCUGGACGGCAAGGAGAGCGCCAACCUGCAGACCCCGGUGGUGGCGAUGGUCCGCCCUUCGAACUUCGCGCUGCAGCAGGGUGACCGCAGGAACAGCAGCGUCUAUCUCACGACUGGCGAAAGGGUCCCCGCCACGCCGCAGGACGCCAGGAUUCACGCCUCGGCCAAUCCCGCGAGCAGGGAGGCUUCGAUGCGGGGGAGUCCCAUGCUGCCCAACGGAAGGAUCCCCGGCCAAGUGAGCUGCGUGGUAGGACUCGCUCCCGAGGCCGAGGUCUGUUCCGUGGGCUCGGGAUCCUACGACGCCGUGAGCAAGCACCACCGAAGGAGGUCCGACGGGCUGGACGACCAGAUUUCCUUGUGCUCGCAUCACAGCGACCACUCCUACGUAUACUCGCAGGACUACAUUCGCCAGGUGUCGCAGGCCCUUCACAUGCACAACCAGGAGCGAGCCAGGAGAAAGGCCGUUCACCGAGCCAAGUCACAACAGGAGAAGGAGGCGCAGAACCAGAAAACGCAGCAGAAGACGGCGAGGGAAGCCUCUGCCUAUCCAGGCCUUAAUCCUGCGGGUCCGUAUAGCAUAAGCUUCUCUCAAGAGACGCCCCUGGGAUACGCCACUCUGGGCACCCGGCGCCCCGCCUCCUCCAAGUUAGCGACGAUACAAAGGUCGAGGUCCCCCACCACGUCCCUUCGGUGCACCACGCCCACGCCCGCCCAGAUCCCGCCCUGCUUCAGCCUGAACGCCGACGGCGGAGGAGGCCCGGUCCUGAAGCUGGCCGUGGAACGCGUCAUCCCCGAGGGCGAGCCGCCGGCGCAGCUCAGGAGGCGGCAGAGCGAGCCGGCGGUGCCCGAGGUGGCGGGAGAGCCAGGCCAGAGGACGGCGGCCGCGCCCUCCGAGGACCCUUCUGAAGGAGGCCAGGGGAGGAGGAGCACCAACGACAAGACCGAAGGCGGAGGGCAUCCGACCGCUCAAAAUACCCAGGAUAACUCCUCCUUCGGUCCCCUUCCGCGCCCCCCCGAGGAGAUCUUGCUGGACGCCAUCGUAGGGAGUAUCAAGGCGAAGAAGACGAGGGACAAACCUCCUACGCCGCCCCCUCGAGCGCCUCCUGCAGAGCCCCCUCAGACGGCGGGCGAGAUCCAGGUGCUAGAGGAGGCGGGCGGCAUCACUGUGACGGUUGAAAGUGCCCCGGACGAGGCGAAUUAAUGGCACCGUUUUUAUUCACGUUUUUAUUACCCCAAGGUCGAUAUCAUUAUCAUGUUUUAUGUGAUAGGGUCUCCUUGUCCCUGAUUUACGUAAUUUGCUUGUUUUGUUUCGUUUUAUAUAUAUAAUAAUUAGUGAUUGGAUUAAUGAAUAUUUUAUUCCUAUAGUCCCUUGGCCCACACAAGAACGCACACUCACAAAAAAAAUAUCACACCCAAAAACCUAUAUAGACACAUCUACACACGAGCACAAGUAAGUAAAUAGAAAAACACACACACACAUACACUCACACACAC